UGACACUGAUGCUACACUUUGAGUCUCUACCCUUCCCUUAUUUGAACACACUUGCAGGCUCGAUUCCGGACGAAGAAGCGACGACCUUGAAACAGCAUCAAGAUGGUGCACCCAAACCUCGUAGAAGUCGACACCCUCGAGGCUGUCCUCCUAGUUGACAAUGACCUCGACCCGAUGUCGACCAUUGCGCCCGAUACAGUUCAGGUCUCAGGCCUCAUGCGUACGCUAGCCACACAAUCCCCGCACAAGAUCUCGGAUCGCGAGGAUGCACACAAGGAGCUCCACAUGGAAGAUAUUUGCUGUGCCGCGCAUGGCUUGUCCAUUCUUGUGAAAGCGACUAAGGACGGCAAAAGUCAUACUCUGCUCUUUGACGCGGGACCCGAAGGUAGCGUGUGGGAGCGCAACGUCAAGAGACUACGACAAGACUUGUCUUCCGUGGAGUUGAUCCAGUUAUCGCACUGGCAUCGAGAUCACUCGGGGGGCUUGACCCGAGCUAUCCAGAUGAUCACAGAGGCUCGACAAGCACAUAGCACUCCAGGCGAACUGAUCAUCGACCUGCAUCCAGAUCGUCCAGAUUACCGAGGCAUGGCUAUCGGGGACGAUAUCAUCUCUCUUCAGGCUGAUCCGACAUUCGAGGAACUGCAAGCAGCGGGCGGGACUAUCGACAAGCGAGCUGAAGGACAUACAGUGCUCGAUGAUUACUUCUUCAUCUCAGGAGAGAUACCCCGGCGGACCUCCUACGAGACGGGUCUGAGGGGCGGUAUGCGAUUCAGUGCUGAGGAGAACGACUGGUUCUCCGACGAGGUUAUCGCUGACGAACGGUUCUUGAUGUGUAGCCUAAAAGGGAGAGGAAUCGUUAUGUUUACCGCGUGCAGCCACGCAGGGGUCGUCAACUGUGCACGACAUGCGGUUGAAACCCUCGGUGACUCUGUGCCUCUCCAUGCGGUUAUCGGGGGUUUCCAUCUCGCGACUAGCGAGGCAGCACAGACAGAGAGUACCGUCAAGGAUCUGAAGAAACUCGAUCCGGCGGUUGUUCUGCCUGGACAUUGCUCGGGAUGGAGGGCCAAAUUUGCGAUUGAGAGGCAUAUGCCGGGCGCGCUGGUUCCGUGCUCCGUAGGGAUGAGGAUCUCGUUCUGAUAUUACCUACGGGACCUCGGGCUCUGCAUGACCUAUACGUGCUUUUAUCCUUAUUUUGUGGAUGCUGCCCUAGCUAUGAGAUAUUGGUCCACAAGAAGACGCA